CUCACCACGCCUGCGCAAAGAAAUACAAGAUGGCGGAGAGUGCGGAACUGAAGCAAAUGGUGAUGAGCCUGCGGGUGUCGGAGCUCCAGGUGCUGCUGGGCUACGCCGGGCGCAACAAGCACGGACGCAAGCACGAGCUGCUGACCAAGGCGCUGCAUCUGCUGAAAGCCGGCUGCAGCCCCGCCGUGCACAUGAAGAUCAAAGAGCUCUACCGAAGACGUUUCCCGGCCAAAAUGGUCUCUCACUCAGAGCUGGCCUUGCCUGGGCCGCACCACCCGGCCACAGCUGGAGUGGUCGGGGGAGGGGGCGCGGCGCUGCCUGCUGGCCUGACGCAGCUGGCUUACGAGGGUCACGCCGGUCACGGUGGAGCCCCAUCGCCUGCUGCGUUACUGCCGCUCUCGCUACUCGGUCCUGGGAAACACGAGCUGACCGGGCUGACGCACCACCUGCCCUCCUCAGCGACACUGCAUCCGGUGCAUCCAGAUGUUAAGCUCCAGAGGCUGCCCUUCUACGACAUGCUGGACGAACUCAUCAAGCCCACGAGUCUAGCGUCAGACAACAGCCAGCGGUUUCAGGAGACAUGUUUCGCCUUCGCUUUAACGCCGCAGCAAGUUCAGCAGAUCAGCAGCUCAAUGGACAUCUCGGGGACCAAAUGUGACUUCUCAGUUCAGGUUCAGUUGCGGUUUUGCCUGUCGGAGACCAGCUGUCCUCAGGAAGACCAUUUCCCCCCCAAUCUGUGUGUGAAAGUAAACGGGAAGCCGUGCAACCUGCCGGGUUAUCUUCCUCCAACCAAAAACGGUGUCGAGCCCAAGCGGCCCAGCCGCCCAAUCAACAUUACCUCACUGGUCAGAUUGUCCACCACAGUCCCCAAUACCAUCGUGGUGUCGUGGACCGCUGAGAUCGGAAGGAGUUACUCGAUGGCGGUGUACUUGGUGAAGCAGCAGUCGUCCACAGUGCUGUUACAGAGACUGCGAGCUAAAGGCAUCAGAAACCCAGACCACUCCAGAGCACUCAUAAAAGAGAAGCUAACAGCUGACCCAGACAGCGAAAUAGCCACAACCAGCCUUCGAGUGUCGCUCCUCUGCCCGCUGGGGAAGAUGCGGCUGAUGAUCCCGUGCCGGGCGCUGACAUGUUCCCACCUGCAGUGCUUCGACGCCACACUUUACAUCCAAAUGAAUGAGAAGAAGCCCACCUGGGUGUGUCCCGUCUGCGACAAGAAGGCGCCGUACGAGCAUCUCAUCAUUGAUGGGCUUUUUGUAGAGAUCCUCAAUAGCUGCACGGACUGUGAUGAGAUCCAGUUUAAGGAGGAUGGCAGCUGGGCCCCCAUGAGGUCUAAGAAGGAGGUGCAGGAGGUGUCCUCUGCUUCGUAUAACAAUGGGCUGGAUGGCUCAUGCCGGACCGCCGCAGGCUCAGAUCAGCGGAGCUCCUCGGCAUCCAGCCACGGAGGCAGCGACAGCAGCAACGGCAAGAAAGUGGAAGUGAUCGACUUGACACUGGACAGCUCCUCAGACGAUGAAGGACCGGAUUCGCCUCCGCCGCCGCCCCCAACGCUGCCUCCUCCUAUCAAAAGAGCGUGCCCUUCGAUGUCCCCGACCUCGCCACCCAUCAUCAACAAAGGCGUGUUGAACCUGCACCAUCAGGCCUCUCCUGUGAGCCGUACCCCCAGCAUGCCCGGGAUAGACACCAGCUACAUCCCUCCUGUCCCCCCUCUCAUCCAGGACUACAGGCCCUACUACCACACCCCCAAUGACCUUUCAGAGUUGAAUUUUUUCUCUUUUCUUCAAGGGGACAAUCAUCCGCAUUACAACAUGGUUAUGGCAGCAGCGGCGGCUGCCUCGGCCUCAGAAGACCACGAGCUGCUUCUCAACCGCUUCAUGCCCUACACCACCUCCUCCUCCGCCUCCCACCUGUUCCUCGACCAAUCGGCAGCCUCCUCUGCGCCUUCGCUGACAGCGCCGACCAACGGGGUGAGCAAUUCGGGCAGCACCAGCAGCCUGGUCUCAUCCAGCAGCCUCCGUGACACUCAUUCGACACACUCGUCCUCACAUUCGAGCUCACACUCCUCACACACGCAUCCCGGGGUGGUGGCCAGCCGGAGCAGCACUGAAGCUGCGGUGGCGGCUAUUUACGGCGGGAUACCCGAUGUUAUAUCGUUGGACUGACCCUGGAUGAGUGGAGAUGACGACGCGGGCACAGCUGGAAUCCAGUAACAAACAACAAACAAACGAUCACAAACUCAACCGCGAGGGGUGACUUUUAAGAAACUAGACUGCCCCCCCACCCCCCGCGAGUCAUCAAACCCUGAACAUUCGAGGAGCCGUGACGACGAGUCGGUCUCAAGAAGAGCACUAAUAAUAUGAGCGGACAACUGACCCGAGUCCAGUCCCGA